GGUCCCGCAGUGUGUCCAGUCAGUUCCUGGUGGGCUCCGGACUGCUGGUGAGUCCCGUGCUGCAGUCCGUCGGGGAGCAGGACAGUGUGGACGCCAACCUGCACUUCCCGCCCGGCCGGUGGUACAACUUCUUCUCGGGUGCGACGGAGGCUGACGGAGUGAACAGCACCGACAACGUCAUCCCGACACUGCUCGCCGACGUGAACGUGCACGUGCGUGGCGGGUGCAGCAGCUGCAGGAACUUGCACAGUCUAAAGCCAUUCUAUGUUGCCUUCUGA